GGAAAGCUCCUCUAAAAAAAGGUGGAUGUUAAAAAAAAAUAGGGGGAAAAGUUUGAGGGGAGAGCGAAGCUAGUUCUGAUUCGGUUGUUUACCAUCAAUCACGCUAUUCCUUGCCAGGGACUGGAUGAUUAUGAGCCCGAAGAAAGCGAAAGGGGGCAGGAAAAAAAGUGGAGGCAGCAUUCUUCCUAUUUAAAGCUGCAUCACCGGGGGUGGGGGGGGAAGUGUUUGCAAGUUCUGCAAGAGCAAAGUGUGUUAAAAAAGGAAGCAAGGAUCGGGCAACUGGCAGACUUUUCUUUUUUGCCUUGCGUGAGUGCUGAAAGGAAAAGAGUUGACUUCAUGGUGUACAAAUAAUAUUUUUACACUUUUUUGCACUUUUUCCUGCCCCAGGAGGAGGAUAUGCGUGUCUAAUAUUUAGACAUGAUGGCAACCUGGACCCAAAGAAGAACUUUUGUCACUCUGAUUGCUUUUCUAGGAUGUUUGGGAACAAUACGGACGCAAGACGAGGAAGAGUUUGAGGGGGAACUAGAUGCUGAAGAGGUUGCCUGCACGCAGAAUGGCCAGUUGUAUCUGAACAGAGAUAUCUGGAAACCAUUACCAUGCCAGAUUUGUGUCUGUGACAAUGGAGCCAUUCUUUGUGAUGAGAUCCAAUGUCAUGACAUGCUGGAAUGUGAAAGUCCACAGGUUCCUCCUGGAGAGUGCUGUCCUGUGUGCCCAAACACAGCCCGAAAUGGUUUUGAAGGGGCUAUUGGUAGAGGACGGAAGGGUCAAAAAGGAGAACCUGGAGUUGUGCCAGUGGUUACAGGUAUAAGAGGACGGCCUGGACCAUCUGGGCCUCCAGGAUCACAAGGACCAAGAGGAGAUAGAGGACCAAAAGGAAGACCUGGUGCACGUGGUCCUUCAGGAAUGGAUGGGGAACCAGGUAUACCUGGACAACCUGGUGACCCUGGGCCUCCUGGACAACCUUCUACAGGGCCAGAUGGCGUAGGCAGACCAUUUACAUCUCAGAUGGCAGGCCUGGAUGAAAAGUCUGGACUUGCUGGCCAAAUGGGAUUCAUGCCUGGUGCUGUGGGUCCUGUGGGUCCACGAGGGCCUUCAGGUCUGCAAGGACAAACUGGUGGUAUAGGCCCACCAGGCCCUCCAGGUGAAUUCGGAGACCCAGGAUCAAUGGGGCCAGCUGGUGUUCGUGGCCCAGAAGGCCCUCCAGGAAAACCUGGUGAAGAUGGUGAAUCUGGCAGAUCAGGACAGCCUGGUGAAGUUGGAUUCCCAGGAUCUGCAGGUGCUCGAGGUUUCCCUGGUGCACCUGGUCUUCCAGGUUUAAAGGGCCAUAGGGGACAUAAAGGACUUGAGGGCCCUAAAGGUGAAAUUGGAGCUAUUGGAUCUAAGGGUGAACUUGGUCCACCAGGUCAGAUGGGUCCAACAGGUCCUUUGGGUCCCAGAGGGAUGGCAGGAGAAAGAGGGCGACUUGGACCACAGGGUGCUCCAGGGGCUCGUGGUUCUCAUGGUAUGCCAGGGAAGCCAGGGCCAAUAGGUCCCCUCGGUUUAGCUGGUUCAUCAGGUUUUCCAGGCAUACCUGGCAUGAAGGGUGAAGCUGGUCCAACAGGAGCACGUGGUCCAGAAGGCCCUCAGGGAUCAAGAGGUGAAACAGGGCUGCAGGGUCCGGCAGGAACAUCUGGUCUUCCUGGUGCCGUUGGUACAGAUGGUUCCACAGGUGCUAAAGGGCCAACAGGAUCUCCAGGUACUUCCGGGCCACCUGGCUCACCAGGUCCUCUUGGUUCUCCAGGACCACAAGGCAGCACAGGUUCUCCUGGCAUCCGAGGGCAAAUGGGAGAUCCUGGUGUGCCAGGGUUCAAAGGAGAAGCAGGUCCUAAAGGUGAACCUGGCCCACAUGGCCCUCAGGGCUCGAUUGGCCCCAUUGGUGAAGAAGGGAAAAGAGGUCCUCGUGGUGAUCCAGGAUCAGUUGGCCCUCUUGGAGCUGUGGGAGAAAGGGGCCCUCCUGGAAAUCGUGGCUUCCCAGGUUCCGAUGGGUUGCCAGGACCAAAGGGAGCUCAAGGAGAACGUGGUCCUGCAGGGGCUUCGGGCCCAAAAGGAAGUCAAGGUGAUCCCGGUCGUACUGGUGAACCUGGCCUCCCAGGUGCCAGGGGUCUUACAGGGAAUCCAGGUGUUUCAGGUCCAGAAGGAAAACCUGGACCUUUGGGUGCUCCAGGAGAAGAUGGUCGACCAGGCCCAGCAGGUUCAAUAGGAAUUCGAGGUCAGCCAGGCAGCAUGGGUCUCCCUGGGCCAAAAGGAAGUAGUGGUGACCCUGGAAAACCUGGUGAAGCAGGCAAUGCUGGUGUCUCAGGGCAAAGAGGAGCUCCUGGUAAAGAUGGUGAAGUUGGCCCUGCUGGUCCUGUUGGUCCACCUGGGCCAGCAGGAGAAAGAGGAGAACAAGGUCCCCCAGGUCCUACAGGUUUUCAGGGAUUACCUGGGCCUCCAGGUCCUCCAGGGGAGGGGGGAAAGCCAGGUGAUCAGGGUGUUCCUGGGGAUCCUGGACUUCUCGGUCCUUUAGGUCCAAGGGGUGAACGUGGCAAUCCAGGUGAGAGAGGAAAUCCAGGAGCACCAGGUCUUCAGGGAGAAAAAGGGAUGGCUGGAGGUCAAGGCCCUGAUGGUCCAAAGGGUAAUCCAGGCCCCUCUGGAACUCCUGGGGAUCAAGGGCCUCCAGGCCUUCAGGGUAUGCCUGGAGAGAGAGGUAUUGCUGGAACUCCUGGUCCCAAAGGUGAUAGGGGCAGCAUAGGAGAGAAGGGAAGUGAAGGCACAGCUGGCAAUGAUGGUGCAAGAGGUCUCCCAGGUCCGUUAGGACCAGCUGGCCCUGCAGGUCCCACUGGUGAAAAGGGGGAACCUGGCCCUCGAGGUUUAGUGGGACCUGCAGGCUCUCGUGGAAAUCCUGGUUCCCGUGGUGAAAAUGGCCCAACUGGUCCAGUUGGUUUUGCUGGUCCUCCGGGCCCUGAUGGUCAACCAGGUGUGAAAGGUGAACCCGGAGAGCCUGGGCAGAAAGGAGAUGCUGGAUCUCCAGGACCUCAAGGUCUUGCAGGGUCUCAUGGUCCACCAGGUCCUUCUGGGGUUCCUGGACUAAAAGGAGGCCGUGGUACUAAAGGACCCCCUGGUGCUACAGGAUUCCCUGGAUCUGCUGGAAGAGUAGGACCCCCAGGACCUACUGGAGCUCCUGGUCCAGCUGGGCCUAUUGGUGAACCAGGCAAAGAAGGUCCUCCAGGUCUUCGUGGAGAUCCUGGUGCUCAUGGUCGAGUAGGAGAUCGAGGGCCAGCAGGGCCUCCUGGCAGUCCUGGAGAUAAAGGAGACUCAGGAGAAGAUGGACAAUCUGGUCCUGAUGGUCCCCCAGGUCCUGCUGGAACUACUGGCCAGAGAGGUAUUGUGGGUAUGCCAGGUCAACGUGGAGAAAGGGGCAUGCCUGGGCUACCGGGACCUGCUGGCACACCAGGAAAACAAGGCCCAACAGGUCCACCAGGGGAUAAAGGUCCUUCAGGCCCACUAGGCCCUCCAGGUGCUCCUGGUCCAGUGGGUGAAGCAGGCCCAGAAGGUCCAGCUGGUAAUGAUGGCACUCCAGGACGAGAUGGAGCUGUUGGAGAAAGGGGUGAUCGUGGUGAACCUGGACCUGCAGGUCUUCCUGGUUCUUCAGGUGCUCCGGGCACUCCAGGCCCAGUUGGAUCUCCAGGGGACGCAGGACAAAGAGGUGAAACAGGCUCUCGGGGUCCAAUGGGUCCUUCUGGUCGUGCUGGAAAACGAGGUUUGCCUGGUCCCCAGGGUCCUCAAGGUGACAAAGGUGACAAUGGAGAUCGAGGAGACAGGGGACAAAAGGGUCACCGAGGUUUCACUGGCCUUCAAGGCCUCCCUGGACCUCCCGGUCCUAUCGGUGAACAAGGCAGUUCUGGGAUUCCAGGUCCAUUUGGCCCUAGAGGCCCUCCAGGUCCAGUUGGACCUUCAGGUAAAGAAGGAAAUCCUGGACCACCUGGGCCUCUUGGACCUCCUGGAGUGAGAGGAACUUUAGGAGAAGCAGGACCUGAGGGUCCACCAGGUGAUCCAGGUCCUGCAGGCCCCCCAGGUCCCCCAGGCCACCUCACAGCUGCACUUGGUGACAUUAUGGGACAUUAUGAUGAUGCUCUAGCUGAUCCACCACCAGAGUUCAGUGAAGAUGAAGCUGCCCCAGAUGACAGCAAUAAAACAGACCCAGGAGUCCAUGCUACACUGAAGUCCCUGAGUAGCCAAAUUGAAACUAUGCGCAGUCCUGACGGAUCAAAGAAACACCCAGCACGUACCUGUGAUGAUCUGAGGCUGUGCCAUCCAUCUAAAAAGAGUGGAGAAUAUUGGAUUGAUCCUAAUCAGGGUUGCGUGGAAGAUGCUAUCAAAGUAUUCUGCAAUACGGAAACAGGAGAAACUUGUAUAUCAGCCAACCCAGCUAGUAUCCCACUCAAAACAUGGUGGACUAGUAGAUCAUCUGAUCUAAAGCCUGUAUGGUAUGGACUUGACAUGAAUAGAGGUUCACAGUUUGUUUAUGGAGAUAGUAAGUCCCCCAACACUGCUGUCACUCAGAUGACUUUCCUCCGCUUACUGUCCAAAGAAGCCUCUCAGAAUAUCACCUACCGUUGCAAGAACAGUAUAGGGUACAUGGACGACCAAGCCAAGAAUCUGAAGAAAGCUGUGGUCCUGAAGGGAGCUAAUGACCUUGAGAUUAAAGCUGAAGGAAACAGCCGCUUUAGAUACACUGUCCUUCAUGACAGCUGCACUAAACGCAAUGGAAAUGUGGGCAGAACAGUCUUUGAAUACAAAACACAGAAUGUGGCACGCUUACCUAUUGUUGAUAUCGCUCCAGUGGACAUUGGAAGUGCAGACCAAGAGUUUGGAACAGAGAUUGGGCCAGUUUGUUUUGUGUAACAAAAUAGAGAAAAAAGUAAAUAAAUAAAAAAGGGAAAAAUCAUAACGUAUUCACAAGCAUUGGGAACAACAGCAGCAGAACACAAGAACAGACUGAGUGAAGUUAAUCCUGAGACUCUUGAAGUAAUGGCUGAUAUCGGGAUCAGCAUUGUAUAUAAAAGUUCUUUCUAAUUCCCUGGCCUUCCUUAGGAUAUUUAUUUUACUUACUUACAAAUCUUCAGUCUAAUUGUCCCAAGUCAACAUUUUAAUGAAGUAAUAGGACUAAAAGGACAAAUGACCACCCUUUGAUGCAAAAAUAUCUAACGUGUUUUUUAAUUAUAAAUAAUGAUGAUGAUUAUGUUUUUAUCCGGGGUUUCUGCUCAGCUUAAAAUGGAUGUAAUUCGUAUGAUGCAAGGGUAUUCUAAACAGAUGGAUAUAUGUAAAACAUUCAGGGGUCCACCCAGUCAAAACUCUGCUGCACCAGAUUGAUGCACUAGCAUCAUAGAUUGUGACAUUGAUUUGUAUUAGAAGCCAGCAGCCCAAGAACUGGUUGGUUAGUUUAAAUUAAUAUGUGAAAUUGGCCCCUGCCUCAUCUGUUGGCGUUUAUUGAUUCCUUAGGUUAGCCAAGUCACAGUGCUGUGGUGAAGGAAGAAGCCACACUUGGUGGAAUUCUCCCUUCUUGGUUACUCUUAAAGGUACAGGAGCCCUCUUAGGGUCUAGACACAGGAAACCCUAAGACUCCUAUGCUCACAGUCCCAAAGUCUCCACAGCUCCCUUACCUCUGCAUUUCCUUCUUGCUGUUACUACAAGGCAGCAACUCCUGUCCACCUUGCCCUCAUCCCUCACUUUCUCGUCGGACAUCUUUCAUUCACUUCAUGCCUCCACCCCCUCUCAUUUCUGCAAGUCCCUGCUUUUCAGCCCAUGCCAUUGAACUCCCUUAUCUGCCUUUUUCUUUUCAGUCCGCAAUAAACUCUGCUCCCGGGCUUGGUAGCCUAAGGAAAUCCCCUGCCUCCUGGGGGAUCUCUUUCUACUUAGCUUUCGUCACCCUACACCCUGUCCCUAGGGCUCAUGUGAAAGUUUUCCACAUACUUCCACAUACUUCAUUUUCUUUACAGAACCAGAAAUGUUCACAAGAUUCCACUGGUGGCAAUUUCACUCAAUGGAAUGUUCCAGAAUAUAACAUCAGGGUAGCUCAACAAAACACAUUGCUGGAGAUUUCACUACCACUUCCAACUCUCUUACACUAUGGAUUGCAAGGAUGCAGUAUAGGUUCUGCACAGGAGGAAGAGCGGGAUAUACAUCAAAUAAUGAAUAAAUAAUAAAAAUAGAAAAUUGAAAAUCUUUGUUUCAGCUUGGCUCCCAGUUUCAACAGCCAGCCGUGGUAGGUGUUCAGUACACAUUUGAAAGUAUUUUGAAAGAAAGUUAAUGCCUACUUAACUGAGAGUAACUUUCCAAUAGUACUUAUGUGCUUCCUGCAAGGGCUAAUUUCACAUAUUACUUUCCCUGAUUCUUUUGUUUGUACCCUUCUGGAAUGUCAUAGAAAAUAGACAAAGAUGAGCGAGGCUAUAAUUUCCAAAUGGUUAAAAUCUGAUGCAAUUGACAAAUGCAAAUACAGCUGAUCAAGCUCCUUGAAAGCUUGCAAACCACUGGUGUGUGUCAGACGCUUUCACACUGUAAUGAGAUAUUAGAAAUACUAAUAAGAAUUUGGCUGGGGAGGGGGUUGGUUGCCUAUCUAAUGAGCAACCUUUAAUGAGCAAUUACCUCUCAGAAGUUAUAGACAGUGAUUAUGAUUUUGUUGCAAAGUCAAAACUCCUGAAUGGUUUUGGUGACAUCAGGAUUUCCCUACUGCCUCAAGUGUAUUGUCCAGUUAUGUGUGUUGUCAUUUAUUCCCAUAUAUUAAUCCAAAGCAAAGUAUUAGUAAUAAAGAUUAGAGACAUACUGUUGCUGAGAUACACUUUUGCUCAACAACUGGUCAUGCAUCACCAGAAAUUCUGACUUACCUGCCUUGACAGAUCAGGGCAAACAAAUGGUCCAUCAUUUCUUAGCAUGAGCUACCUCAUCUCUAGAAGCUGGGAUGCAUUUAACAAUCUAGUGUUUGUUCUAGAUACGACAAGGUGCUAUGCUUCUGUUAUAAUUCCAAGAAUGGAGAUAGGCAGGGCAAUAUAAUAUUAUGAAAUAAAAUGUUUUUUUUUUUUAAGGGAAUGGUGCUAAACUGGUUUCUGUAAAAUCCUGAGAAAAUAAAAGACUGUUGCCAUCAA